CAAAUAAUUAGAACUAUAAGAUUCUGGAUAUAUUAACUAUUCCUUAGGCUUUUAUGAUACUUUGCUUUUUUGAACUUUGCUGUUUGGUAUUGAAUCACCUGAAAUAUUUAAAGAUGCUAAUUAAUGGGUAUAAAAAUUUUCUUAGUCACAUUGGCAGACAUUAUUUUCGGAGGACAUUAUUUAUUUCAGUGUAAUAGAAUAAGACAUUCUUUAACAGUGGACACUUUAAAAAGAAAAAAGUUUUACUUUUAAUUUCUUAUCAGUCAAAAUGUCCUGUUCAAAAUGUUAUUGGAAAUAUUUAUUUGUGAAUUAUUUUUCUUAAUUGUUGAAAAGAAUUUUUUUCUAAUGUGGGCAGUCUGUAACUGCAAAAUAGUCUGCCUAGAGUGGCUUCAACUGAACCAGGCUAGCAGUUUUCGGUUUCUAAGAAACAUUUAAGAUAGAUUUUCACUUAUGUUCACUUUUGAAGCAAGUUUGAAGAGCAUAUUGUAAUAGUAGAAGUGUUCUUAAAAUCAUGUCCAGGUUGUUUACUGGCAGCUGCUGCUUAUAUCCAAAACACCGUGCUUAAAAAUUGGGGCACCUUGAACUACAGUCUCUUAUGUAGUAAACUAGACUAGUUCUAGUUUACUGUUGAUAUUCCUUGAGACUUACACUAAUUAAACAACUACAGGUCUUAGGACUGAUCAUGUUUAAUAACCUUAAGGGGGUCUGUUUUUUUGAGAUAUAAAACUUAAACUAGUUAGACAUUUGAGAUCAGUGUCCUUCCUAAACUGAAGGACCUGGGUUCCUGACGAUGGACUCGAGGGGUGCUUGUUUUCUUUGUCCCUGUGGUUUAGAGUAGAGUGCAGUCACGAGAGCCAACAGUUCAUACUGUCCUUACAUAGUGCUUUGAAGUGUGCAGUUGGGAGGGAUAGUAUAUGGCUAGUAGGCUUCAGAAUUAAGUAGUAUCUUCUGUUGAGCGACCUGUAAAUCACUGACUAGUGUAACAUCAUUAAAUGUUUUAAUUUAUCAGUUAUUGCCCUCUUACAUUGUGUGUUGUGCAUGAACUGUCUCUAUAGUUAUCAUUCAUCUCUUGCGUAAGUGUGAGCUUUUUAAAAACUGUUGUAAGGUAAUAAGCAAUUCUGUAAUCCAUGUUUUGGAUUUGUGAUAAGUAAAAUGUUUUUUUUUUUUUUUUCUGUUGAGACAGUGUGCUUACCUUUUAGAGUAGUUUUUAAUGUGAUAAUUUCUUGAUAGGAAAUGCUUUUUCAAAUAAUUGAAGGCCUUAUAAAAUGCAUUCUUUCUCAUCUGCUUUGAAUAUUCAUAUGUAGAGGGUACAUGUUGGUGGUCUUUUACUUUUAUGUUCUAUUUUACAUGUUUAUUCUUCUAGAUUUGUUAGAUUUGCUAGUCUAUCAGUAUUUAAGGAUUGGCCUUGGCUGAAGUUUGGCAAAAUGCCAAACUAUAACCUAAUUCCUCAGCUUUGAUUACUAUAGUCAUAAUGAGGCAGUUUUGUGAUAUAGAUUAUUGAGGUGCAAAGGAUCACUCAGUAUCACAAAGACCCCCCUCCCAUCUAUACAGUCUGUGUCCCUAAAAAACCAAAAUGUUGUAAAUGCUUUGUAAUUGUCAUUAUUAGGGAAGAAUUUAAAAAAAUUUUAAUUAGUUGGUGAACUUUAGCAAUAUCCUUUUCUAAGACUAGGGCUGGGCUUUAAUUAUUAGACAGACAAAUUAAGAUAAAAUAGAAAAGCUGCUAAAAAGCAGAGUUUAACGCUAAGGUUAACUGAACUCAAUUUAUAUUUAGAACUGACUCAGAUAGCUUUCUGUCUGGUCUCAUGUUGGACUGCCCAGCCCUAAUCAAGUGUGAGCAGACGCUGUGCAAGCCACUCGUGUAAAUGAAUUUUAGUGAUAAAUGUCAUCUGAUAACUUGUCUUUUGAAUUGUCUAACAUUAGUAAGCUUACUUUUGUUUUUUCCCUCACUGUGCAACUUUUCCAGGUUUGGACCUUAUGAGUCUUACGACUCCAGGUCUUCUCUGGGUGGGCGAGAUCUGUACAGAUCUGGCUAUGGUUUUAAUGAACCCGAACAAAGCCGCUUCGGAGGUAGUUAUGGUGGUCGAUUUGAGAGCUCCUACCGGAAUAGCCUUGACUCUUUCGGAGGUAGAAACCAGGGCGGGUCUAGCUGGGAAGAACCUUACUCCCGUUCAAAAUUGAGGCCUGGGUUUAUGGAGGACAGAGGAAGAGAGAAUUACUCUUCCUACAGCAGUUUUUCUUCACCCCAUAUGAAGCCUGCACCUGUAGGCUCUCGGGGGAGAGGAACGCCUGCUUAUCCUGAAAGUACGUUUGGAAGCAGAAACUAUGAUGCUUUUGGAGGACCAUCAACAGGCAGAGGCCGAGGCCGAGGACAUAUGGGUGAUUUUGGAAGCAUUCAUAGACCUGGAAUUAUUGUUGACUAUCAAAACAAAUCUACCAGUGUGCCGAUUGCUACUACAAGAGGAAUAAAAAGAAAAAUGAUGCAAAUAUUUAAUAAGCCCGGGGGAACCUUUGUCAAGAAACCUAAGCUAGCAAAACCUAUGGAGAAGAUGAACCUCAGCAAAUCACCUGCAAAACCUGACCCUAGAAAUGAAGAAGAAGAGAAACGGCGAGUUGAGGCUCGGCGGGAGAAGCAGAGACGUAGACGAGAGAAAAACAGUGAGAAGUAUGGAGAUGGAUACAGAAUGGCAUUCACAUGUUCAUUUUGUAAAUUUCGAACCUUUGAAGAAAAAGAUAUUGAACUGCAUCUGGAAAGUUCUUCACACCAGGAAACAUUAGAUCAUAUUCAGAAACAAACCAAAUUUGAUAAAGUAGUUAUGGAAUUUUUACAUGAAUGUAUGGUGAAUAAGUUUAAAAAAGCUUCUAUUCGUAAGCAACAGACACUUAAUCACCCAGAAGCUUACAAAAUAAUUGAAAAGGAUGUUAUGGAAGGUAUCACUGCGGACGACCACAUGAUGAAAGUGGAGACUGUUCACUGUAGUGCGUGCAGCGUCUACAUCCCUGCCUUCCAUAGCUCCGUCCAGCAGCACCUGAAGUCUCCUGACCAUGUCAAAGGGAAGCAGGCUUACAAGGAACAAAUAAAAAGAGAAAGUGUGCUGACUGCUACAAGCAUCUUAAACAAUCCAAUUGUGAAGGCAAGGUACGAGCGCUUUGUUAAGGGAGAGAAUCCUUUUGAAAUUCAAGAUCAUUCUCAGGAUCAGCAGAUAGAAGGAGAUGAAGAGGACGAAGAGAAGAUUGAUGAACCCAUCGAAGAAGAGGAUGAGGAAGAAGAGGAGGAGGGGGAGGAGGAUGAAGAAGUAGAGGAAGUGGGGGAAACAGAAGAGGUAGAAGAAGAAGAGGAAGGAGGGGAAGCUGGAGUAGUGGAGGGAGAAGGAGAUCUAGAGGGAGGGGAGGGAACAGCAGAAUCAGGGGACGAUGAGAAUGUGGGAGAAGCAGAGAAUGAGGAAGAGGAGGAGGAGGGGAAGGAGGGGUCUGCUGUCUGUUCUGCAGAGCCGUGUGAGCACGGUCAGGUGUAGUGUUAGACCUGAGUGCAGCGUGACAGCUGCGCUACUGUGGAGACGAGAAGACAUUUAAUAGAUUGUGAAAUUAAUUGAUACCAUGUUGCAUGCAUUCCACCUAUAAAAUUGUUUUGUAUAAUUUCUAAAUAUUUGGCACUUGUUUAAUAAAAUGAAGUUAAGAUGAUUUCAGUUUAGUUUUUAUAGAUACCAAACUUAGAUAUGAUAAAUUGUUUGUAUGAUUUUUAAGCUUAAUUUUUAUUACCGUAUUGGUAUUCAGGAUAAUAGAUGUGUGUUGUUCCUCUAUCUGUUGUAAUCAAUUUAACUUAAAUGCUGCUCUUAGGAGUGAACCUUUAAGUGUGCAUUCAGUUUUUGAAUUCUUACUCUAGAAGAGAUGGAUUGGGCAAGUAUUUUGUCCUGAUUGUGGGUUUUUUGUUCUUUUUUUUGUUUCGUUUUUACAUUGAAUAACAGCAUUAAGAUGGCUUAACAUCUUUUGUGUACAGUUACCUUUGUAGCAAUAAAAUGUUUUCUUUUUUUUUUAAACAAAAACUUUCUCCUCUGAUUGCAGAUUAAACAUUUCAUCAGUUAAAUGAGUAUUUAAAAAUCAAUACCUGCCUUAAUGUAUGAGUUUAGCUCACAAGUAUUUUAAGUGAUUGAGAAGACUUGAAACAUUUUUCCUCAAUCAUAUUUUUAAAAAGUGUGACUACUGUAUAUUUUCUAACACAUUUCAGAGGUCAGUCUGUAACUGAUCUUGUUUAUACUAGCUUUAGUUCGUUCUUUUCUCUGUGCCUAUGUCAAACCUUGGAAUCUUCCUGAAAAUACAAUUUAAUACAAAUAA